GUUGAGGACACUGUUGUGUCGCCACAAACCCGAACAAGAAAGAACUCGUCCAUGUCCAUGGUCUCAUCCUCAUCCAUCGCUAGUUCACCUGAUCAUUCAACUUCUUCCUCCGCCUCAAACGCUGAUCUUGUCGGAAUCCAUCCAACAAACCCCUUUUCAUCCUCUCCCCUGAACUCAUCCUACCACUUCCAAAAUGAUCCAGAUGUCCACUUCAACCGUCCAAUGCCGGAUAAGCUCUCGCCUUUGGAAGAACGAGUGGCAGAGGUUGAUGAGGCCGCUAGACUUUUGCGCCAUCACAUCUUGACCAUUCUCCGGUUUUCAGUCUGUUGUCCAUACAAGGAUGUCAAGAUCUGUCUUGUUGGUCUCUUGAACGAGCUUGAGGCCCUCAACAUUCCAAUCCCUAAACCAAUCCACCCUUCAGCAUCGUUUUUUAUCGAUCCAAAGGAUAUUUACAUGCUUGACAGUCCAGAAAACUCGAGAUGCACCUCCCCAACACUCUCACCAAAAGAUCGGUCCUCUUCCUCCUCCUCACUUUCAACAUUGCCCGUGACCCCGGCAUGUCUUCCACCAUCACUAGGUUGUAUCCCUGAUGAGGCAACCAAGCAAAUCAUGACCCAAACCUUUCUCAACUAUGGUCGAACCAGCAACCUUUUCCGCAUCUUGGCCUUCUUCCCUUCGUUCUGGGAAAAAUUUGAGAGCUCUCAAAACUGCAUGAUGAACGGACCAGGGCCUAUUCCAAAGCCAUGGCGGUGCUAUGUCGCAAUUAUGGCGGCAUCUCAAUAUAAUUGCCAGUACAUGGUCUCAAUGAUGAAGUUGGAUUACUUGAGCAGCGGUGGAGACCCUACAUGGCUUAAUGGUCUCCAAUUCACGACUCAAAAGAUCAGAAAUCUAGCUAAACUGAAUGGGUUGAUGGCUCAUCAACCUUGGUUACUUAAACCUAGGCACAUUCAAGAGCUGGUCUGUCGUGAGUCGAACCAUAACCCACACAAUGUCUGGACCAUCAGUGAGCUGGCUCAGGUGAUGGUCAUUCUCUCGACAGUCCACAGCAUAAGUAUGUUUGUUGCUGCCUGCGGAAUUGUUCCAGAGAUUGAUAUGGUAGGUGGUACCAUUGUGGAUCUCUCAAAUGUCCGAGCAAGAAGGAGCCAGGACGAAAGUAUGAGUCCCCUGGCAAUGCUUCCUUCUCCUCGAUCAGACUCAGAUUCAGCUGCAAAGUCCCCUAGUGGCGAGACUAUAACCUCCACAGAGCAGACCCAGGAUCACGCUACAGGAGACGAUAUAACGUCAAACUAUUUCCACAUCACUUUGCCCCCAGCCCCUGCUAGCAAGAAGACUUAUGACGAGGCUACAUCCAAGAUGCAUACUGCAGAGUUGAUCAAACGACUGAUGAUGGAGCGUGAUUCAGACUGUAUUGAUGAGGAUGUGGAGACUGAGGCGGACGAAAUUCAGGAUCUAACUGGUCAGAAACUCCCCCCAGGCUUUGAGGAGAUUGAGGACACCUUCCCGGCACCUGAGCCAAAGAUCAUUUCACCAUCUAUUUCUACCCCGCUCGCAGAGACAAUGUCUAGCCAGGAACAGCCUGAAAAAAAGUUCCGACCUGUUCAAGAAGAUAUGAGCCGUUUCUUGGAUAUGGGAUGUCAAAUUGAGCCAGCCUUGUUCGACUGCAGGUCCAGCCGAUAUAAGGUUUAUAGGGUGGAUCAAUUUAGAUGGGAAGACGACGCUUCAGCUUUACUCUCGAAAUACCUUCCAGAGCUCAGCGAGACUCUGGAGGAUGAGUAUGCGGAGACGAUGAACUUUACAGACCUGAGCUUCUUUGACGAGAAUGCAGACAAAUACGAGGGUGGUGUCGACACAUAUAUGUUCCGAGAGGCAAUUUGGUUCUACACCCUUCGCUUGUGUGGUCUGCUGAAUCCGGAGUACAACUAUCGCAACCUAUCCAGGUUCUUGAACACGACUCUGGCGGCCUAUAUCCGUAAAGCCUGCCAUGGUAUCACCAUGGUUGAAACUCAGGUCUCUGUGGAUGGAUCGGAUUGUCCCCAGACAACGCAAUCUUAUCUGUCAGACAUCAACAAGAUUGAUAAGAACGAUUUCGAUAACAUGGGUUUUGAACUACGACCUGAGGAGCGUUGCCACAUCAACAUUAUUGUUAUGGAGGCUUGCAAGCAAGCUAAGCUCAUGUAUGCGUUGCGAGCUCUUGACCGAUACGAGCGCAGAGACGAGAAUGAUGACGAGGAAGAGGACGAAGGAGCCGACGAACGAUUCUAAUGCCAUCGCAAUGCCUAUCUUUCCCAUUUUAUUUUUCUUUGUCUUUUGUAUUCUUUGAUAUUGCCA